AUGGCAUCAGCAGCAACCACAGAAACCAAGAGCGAGCCAGCGCAGGAGGAAUGGACUUUUGUCAAGUCCAAGUCGAGGUUUCGGAGGAAACCGCCCAAGGUACCCGCGAAAGCCCUGGAGGCGGCCAAGAGCAAUGAACCCCGCAUAUUCAAGUCUGUCGACGAGAUAACGGCCGAAUACGAGGGGUUCAAGGCCCGCUGGCGAGACACGACGUGUCAUGAGCGAAUCAAGGAUCUUGUCCGGAAGAACGCAGGCGAGGGGAGGAGGGUAAAGAAGGCGGUUUGUCUGGGGGUCGGCACGUUUGACCCCGAGGACGGCGGUUGGGACGCGAAGAGGAGGAGUUACAUACAGCUGGAUGGGUUUCUGACUGUAGUGGAAGCUCUAUCUGCCAUCUACAACGAGACAAUUCCAUGCUCUUUCCAAGAACCGCGAUUCACGCCCAAUGAUACCAAGUUCCUGGAGAAUCUCGACCACGAAGUAGUCGAAUCCCCCGCUGCCUUCGAGGCCGUCGACGAGGACACCCUCGUGUUUGCCAUUCACAUGUAUCGCCCGAUAUAUGAGGCCACUCUGGAGAAGGCUCUGCCAGCCAUGUUUGUCGGCACCGGGUGGGAUGUUUGGGAUGGGUACGUGUUCCACUGGAUGAAAGUGAUCAACACUGACACGCACAGAGCUGGAACGUUGAAGGACGGCGAGUUCAAGUGCAUGAGCGAUAUGCACAAUUCCCACAAGCAAUUCGCCUUUCCUCAGGACGGAACAUACACCUCCUUCUCAAGCACGUGUCUGUACUGGCGGCCGAAGCCUGAGUUAUCAGUGGAAGAAGAUGGGGCUUCAGAGGCGCCCGAGAAACCCGAGGAGAAGAGUGGGGAUAAGAAAGACAAAACUGUUGACGGCGAAGAUACGGAACCAUCCAGUUGA